UGUUUUCUAUUUUUAGGUUUACAAUGGCGUUGGCGGUUGUAGAAGUUAUUUUUGUUCUUUAAGUAGGUAUAUGUAAAGUAUUUGAACAUUGGUUGGCGCUCGGUCGGUUAUUUCAAUUCUUUUAGACAAUAAAUACUUAACUGAGAGCUUAGUUGAUAUUAAAUUUGUUUCAUCUCAAUCUCAAGUUAUCAUGCGUGUAUUUCGAUUCCAGUUUCCUUAUUUAAUUUUUCUGCUUGCCAAUUGUGUGAAGGUAUUCUAGAUCACAUUGAUCUAUUGGACUAUUUUUUGGAUGAUAUCAUAAUCUUAAUAAUCAAACGGAAGCUAAUCGUUGAUGGGAUGUUUACCAUGAGACUACGGUCAAUUAGCAAUUUUUGGUGGCUUUUCAUGAAACUCAGCCUGGCUAUUGGAUUGACCAACUGUGUUUCGAGCUCGAAUCAGAAAUCUGUCGCAGGUAAAGGAAUGAUCUCAGCACCGUGCAUGCUUCCAGCAGAUCCAGAGGCAGAAGCAGAUAUACUUUUAGAGAUCGGAACGCCUCUAGAGAUCCUUUGUACACUGGAAUUGAAGGACACCCACUCCUGGAAUCGUACCUCUAAAGACAUAAGAUUCAAAGAAGGAGAUCGUAUGGUUGACAACGAACACGUAACAUUGGUAAAUUCGACAACAGCCAGAUUGUACGUGGAAAAUUUACCUAUUAGUGUCAAAAAGAAGAUUUUUUAUUGCAUGCUGAGCUGGAGCGACAGCGCCAAGGGUGGUAAUCUGACACCUAACGCAACCGACACUAGCUCAAAAACAUCAUUGGUCAAUGAGCCUGAAACUCGAAUGGAACAACUAAUCUGUUCAAAUUCUGUACUGAUCGGUAGUAAACCAAAAAAAGUAGUAAAUUUUAAAUGUCUCGGCUACAAUUGGGAAGCGUUGGAUUGCUGGUGGCACGAGCCUAGUAACGGAGUUAAAACAGAUUAUUCGAUACAUUAUUCCAUUCCCAAAGAAGCUGGUAGUGGUAAAGGUCAAGUAUAUGGUUGUCCAACUGAUCAGAAUGAACCUGGUCACUGUCGGUGGACUAAGAACACGUCUUCUCCUUAUAGAGAAAAUUUCGAGUUCGUGGAUUUUUACAUUAAUGGCAAUAAUAAAUUUGGAAACGCUACCCAAAUGUCCAGAUGGCAUCAUUAUGCUCACGUUGUUCUCGCGCGACCAAGUAAUUUGACAUCUUUGAAAGUAACACCUCAUAGCGUUUAUCUGCAAUGGCACAUUAGUUCUUGGAAUAUGUCCAGUAUAGAUUUGCUUUAUCGAGUCAAAUAUAAGCAGCCUUCCUCGAAGCAUUGGAAUGUAAUCUACUUUCACUCAAAAGACGUAGAGAAAGAAGAUGGUGUCGUAAAAGUCAAUAUAACCGGCAUAAAAUACCCGAAUAUGGAGUAUAAGUUCUUUGUAUACGUAAAAUUAUCCUUAUCCAAAAAAAAUCCUUGGUCUAAAGCAGCUUCUUUGCUGGCGAAAACCAGCCCAUGCGCACCCUACCGGUCACCUAAAACUGAUACAGGUGGAUUUGAAAUUUAUGCUGAACGAUCAAAUGUCAGAAACAUGAUGAUUUAUUGGAAGCAAAUUCCCGCCGAAGAAUACAAUGGUAAUAAUUUCGAGUACCAGAUAACUGUGUUUGAAAACAAUGUCAAAGUCGAUAUUAAACCUACUUCAAUGAAUAAUUUUUCUGCCAAAUUCUCUAAUCUCUCGUUCAACGCUUAUACAUUUUAUAUCACUGCAGUAAACGAGAUUGGCUCAGCUCCUCGAUCUUCCAUCGUGCAUGUACCCUCAAAACACGACGUCUUGCGUACGCCCAUCAUGGAUGAUUUGAUACGUUUUGGAGACAAUGUUUCCGAAAUUACAGUAUUAUCAGAUUUACUAGACGUAGAAUUUCAUUAUUACCAAAUCACAGUCACCAAUUUCACAUUAUUCUGGUGCAAAAGUUAUCACGGUGAUCCAAGUCCUUGUACUAACUUCUUCAACUGGACCCAUCUACCAGUUGAUAUAAUCUUGCAUAACUAUGCUUUCAAGUAUAACUUUACCAACGAGCAGGACAUUGGUUAUCAAUUCGCUGUUAGUACGAAUUCACUCAACUCUAGCAGCGGCAUGGAAUGGAUUCUAUGCACUGGUAUUUACAACCAGGUAAAUAAAAUUCAAAAUGUUUGGAUUGGGAAGGUUGGUUCGUUUUUUGUAGACAUACGAUGGCAGUUAGAAUGCGCUAAUCGUGUUAAAGGUUUUCGAGGCUAUAAAAUAUCAUAUUAUGCGAUCAAUGACAAUCACCAGCAAGACUUUGAAUAUUAUGCGAGUACAAUCGUUCUAAAUGUUGAAAUUAAAGGUUUACUGCCAAAUACCACUUACAAGUUUUCUGUGGCUAUUUUCACAGAUGAAUUAUUAGGACCUUGGAGUGAAUGGGUGUACGCACGUACACAGAACCUAUCAUAGGGCAUAAUUAUUAUGGUCGCUUGGAAGAAAUGGGGUAGGUGAUUAUUCUGAAAUUAGGAGUUCGAACGGCGUCCACGAGCCUUCGUUAGGUACCGAUGAAUUGGUUGCCUAUCGAUAUGUUUGCAGAAUAAUUUUUAUUGGAAAUUUAUUUAUUUCAUUCUUCCUGUGUUGGUUUCCUUAGUUCAUCUUGAUAUAUGUAUUACAUUUUCAUACUAUAAGAUUAUACAACCACGGCUAAUUUUCAAUUCAACCCAACGACAUGGAUUCAGUAAACCUGAUGCUCAGAAGAAUCAGCGUUUGCAAUUUCGCAUUCACAUGAAAAAACGAAAGGAAAAUCUUCAAUUUUUUCUCCAGAAAAUAAACCAUAGGUACCUGAAUAACACGUAUUACCAAAGAUUUUCUUCUCCCGUGUCGAAGAAAUAAAACACCACAUAACACAUUUUAUUAUUGACUACACACUCCUACCUGUCCUGCAAGAAGACUAGAAGUAGGUACUCAAUUUAUCACACAAAUUAUACAAAUAGGUAACUUACAAUUUUCAUACAUAACAUACUUAUUCAAAGAUGUAAAUAACUACGUACUAAUAAAACAUAAAUAGGUAGUUAACACCAUUAUUUUUACACAAAAAAAUUAAAGAAA